AAGAAGUGAGAUAUUGAUGAAGGAAGAGAAAGCCAUGGCAGUGAGUGAGGAAAGUGCUGAUACCAGAAGAACAAUUCCGUCGUUAAAAGAACACUUUGUGCUGGUGCAUGGCAUUGGUGGAGGAGCUUGGUGCUGGUACAAAAUCCGGUGCCUUAUGGAGAAUUCUGGCUACAAAGUCUCAUGCAUAGACCUCAAGAGUGCAGGAAUUGAUCAGUCUCAUGCUGAUUCUCUUCUUUCUUUUGAUGAUUACAACCAACCCCUCAUGGAUUUCUUGUCUGCUUUGCCAGAAAAUGAACAGGUGAUUUUGGUGGGGCACAGUGCAGGAGGGUUGAGUGUUACCAAGGCUUGUCACAAAUUUGCCAAGAAGAUCCGUUUAGCUGUGUAUGUGGCAGCAACUAUGCUCAAGUUAGGAUUCACCACAGACGAAGAUCUCAAACAUGGUGUACCUGACCUAUCUGAGUUUGGAGAUGUAUACCAGCUAGGAUUUGGAUUGGGAGAGGAUAAGCCUCCAACCAGUGCUAUGGUGAAGAAAGAAUUUCAACGCAAAAUCAUAUAUCAUUUAAGUCCACAUGAGGAUUCAACCUUAGCUUGUAUGCUGUUGAAGCCAGGACCUAUUAAAGCAUUGACAAGUGCUAGGUUUGUGGAGGAUGGUGAAGUGGAGAAGGUGCCAAGGAUGUACAUAAAGACAAGUCAAGACCAUGUGAUGAAGGCAGAGCAACAAGAAGCCAUGAUAAAGAGGUGGCCACCAUUGAGUGUGUAUGAACUAGACAGUGAUCAUAGUCCUUUCUUCUCUACCCCGUUUCUCCUCUUUGGGUUACUUGUAAAAGCUGCAACUCUUCACUUUGGAUGCAGCUUUACUAACCCUCCUUCAUAAGUUUUCUCUCCAAACCAUGGGGUGUGGAAGAUCACAAUUUGAGAGUAUUUGUUAAAUAUUGAAGGAUGGAGUUUAAUAAAACAAUGAUUAAUUAUAAGAAAGUAAUA